UACAAACGCAUCGCUCUUGACAUUCCUUUCGUCUCGGCGCCUCGUCUCCGAGUCGCUUUCUGUUCUGCUUCCCUGGCUUAGGCCCUCUUGGUCUUUUUUCGAAGAAUACUCUAGCAGCAUUCGACAACAUGGCAAACUUCAGCAAGCCCCAGAGCAUGAUGACCAUGCUCGUCGCCCUGUUCGCCCUCCUCCAGUUCACCGUUGCCUUCCAGCACGGCGCCCACCACCACGCACAUCGCCGCGGAAAUGAUGCCAUCAAGAUGCAAAUCGAAGAGGUCGCUGAUGCGCUUGAGAAGCGCCAGUCUGAUGGCUUCACUGCCAUCACCGGUGUCUGCACCGCGGGCACUCGCUCAAACGGUGCUUGCAAUGGCAUCAACUCGGCCCCCCGCCUGGAGAUUCGCCAGCUGAGGAACAACCAAGACCAGUGGAACCUGUAUCUCCUGGGCAUGGAGAGGUUCCAGGCCAAGGACAAGAACGACAGGCUGUCGUACUACCAGGUUGCCGGUAUCCACGGUCGUCCCUUCCAGACAUGGAACAACUUCCCCACUCCUCUUGUCAACCAGGCUGGUUUCUGCCCCCAUGCUCAGACUCUCUUCGGAUCCUGGCACAGGCCCUAUCUUGCCAUUUACGAGCAAGCUUUGUACCAGAGCAUUCAGGAGGUCAUCGACGACUUCCCCUCUGACGAGCAGGACCGCUUGAGGGACGCUGCGUCCACUCUUCGUAUGCCUUACUGGGAUUGGGCCAUGGACCCCGGUCAGAACCAGCCCGUUGUUCCUGCCCUGAUGCGCGACCAGCAGGUCACCGUGAACAAGCCCGAAGGCCGUGUCACGAUCCGCAACCCGCUCUACUCCUACAGCUUCGGCGACUCUCUUCCCGAUGAGAUCGGUGGAGGCCCAUGGAACAGCUGGCCCAUUACUCUCCGCCGCCCGGUCGGCAACCCCACUCGCAGCAACAACAACGAAUUGAGCGCUCGCUUCAAUGCCCAGCGUGUCUCUCUCCGUGACCGUGUCUUCGCUCUCUUCUCCAGCAAGCAGUCCUGGGGCGAGGCCAGCACUUCGCAAAUCGGUGUCCGAACUGACCUGUCUUCGAGCGACAGCUUCGAAUCCGUCCACGACGCUGUCCACAACACGGCUGGUGGUGAAUCCGGUGGCCACAUGUACUACCUCGAUAUCUCAUCCUUCGACCCCCUCUUCUGGCUUCACCACACCAACAUUGACCGUCUGCUUGCCAUGUACCAGCUGAUCGUGCCCAACACCUGGGUCGCCAACGGCAACAUCAACCAUCCCAUGGCUCAGUGGAACCAGGGCGAGGCCAAGAACGGCAACACACCCCUGAAGCCCUUCACCAAGGACACCGCCGGCAACUACUUCACCAGCAACGAUAUCCGUGAGACCCGCGUUCUUGGGUACCAUUACCCGGAGACCAGCGACCGCUCCUACUCCCAGGUCGCUCGCGCCGUCACCAACCUCUAUGGCGGUGGUGCCAGGACUCUGAGCAAGCGUUCGACGGACGAACAGACUGGCCAGUACCUAGGUCGCCCGCUCAAGGAGGGUGACUACCACACUGUCGUCGAGAUCAUCGCCAACAAGUACUCUUCCGGCUCCUACAACAUCCACUGCUUCGUCGGUCAGCCAGGCGGCAACUCCACCCAAGGCAACAGCACUGCUCCCUACCCGGUUUCAAACUCCACUGCUCCCUACAGCAACAGCACCGGUGAGGCCGACUACGACCCGUCCACCGACUACACUCAGCAGUCCAACUACGUCGGUUCCUAUGGUGUCCUCGGUGGAAUGAAGCCCAACAGCCACAACUCCACCUAUCCUGUCAUGACCACUGGUACUCUCCCUCUUACCUCCUGCCUCCAGGGCAAGGAAUUCUACGGCGAGCUCAAGUCGCUUAAGCCCGAGGAUGUCGAGUCCUACCUCGCAGAGCAUCUGCACUACAAGGUCGUUGGCGUCGACGGCGAGAUCAACGCCGAUGACAUCCCCGAUCUCCAUAUCUCCGUCAAGUGCACCAAGGUCAAGCCUGCCGCCAACGACGGUGAGCUUCCUGAUCUCAGCGCGCCGUACCAGAAGCUUCCCGAGGCUACCAAGAACAAGCCCGCCGGCAAGCCCUUCACCUACAAGCCCACUCCCAUCGACAUUCCCCUGCCCGAGGGCCCCGAGUACCAGGAGUCUGGCAACGGCAAUGGCAAGCCGCCCGGUUACCCAUCCACUGGCGUCUUCCCCUACCCCACCCUUCCAUGGGAGGAGCAGGGUUACUGCGCCACCAAGCAGACGGUCGAGUACGUUGACGAGAAGGGCAACCUCCUGUAUGCUGAGAAGUAUUAAGAGGCUCGGUAGUGAAUGAGGAAGCGGAGAAGGGAAGGAUAGCAUGAGUUCGGGGCUGUGCAUGUAUGCAUCUUUCUUUACAUAAUACUUUCGCAAUGUACAUUGGCAUGAGCUUGUUUGACAAAAAUCAUGGGAUACCCCAGGGGCACCUCGCCCCGCAACGUUUGAGGGCGUUAUGACCGAUUAUUUAUUUUGUAAUCUGACGUUUUUUACCUACUGAUUUACCAUCAUCGUGUCUCGCUCACAUCCUGUGCUAAGUUUAGGUUCAAGGAAAGUCAA